GUUUAGCCUUGACAUUAGCGCACAAGAUGACACUAUUUCAGAAUUCUGAUAAAACUGCUGAUCAUCUUGAUUCUUCUCAGGAUCGUGGAAAGGAGUUCAAGACUGAAUCUCUCUUGUGUCGUUUGAAGUAUCAAAAUAACUUACCGGAGCUCCCUUUCGACCCAAAGUUCUUAGUAUAUCCUCUCGAACCUUCUAGAUUCCUUCAGUAUGUAGCCACCUCGCUGGAAAGAAACUAUAAGCACGAACUACUGACGGAAACAGAUGUGGGAGUUGAGGUUGAUUUGAUUGAUCCUGAUGUUUUUCGAAUUGACAAAAGAGCGACUCUUCACCCAGAUGAUGAGCGACUGUUGGAAGAUGAGGCUCCUACUCUUGUUAAUGCACGUAAAUCUAGACAUCAAAAGUCAGUGUCUUGGCUGAGGAAAACAGAAUAUAUAUCUACGGAGCUGUACAAUCGUUGGAACAAAUCUGAGAAGGUUGAAUCUAGACUUGGAUACAAUGUUAAACGCCAUCUCAAUGAGGAGAUCGUAUAUCGUGAUCGCGAAAGCCAGAUCAAUGCCAUCGAAGAAACGUUCAAAGCAGCUAGAAAACCUAUUCAUAAGCACUAUAGUAAGCCGAACGUCCACGCUUUAGAGGUACUUCCGGUGUUACCAGACUUCACAUUAUGGAGAUAUCCAUGUGCACAGGUUAUCUUCGAUGAUGAUCCCUCUCGUAAAAACAAAAAUACCACUGAACAAAAGGAGGAAGUGAAUCAAGCAAUGAUUCGUGGUAUGGUAGAUGAAUCUGGUGAUCAUUUUGUUGCCUACUUUCUGCCAACUGAACAGACUAAACAAUUACGUCGUUUGGAUGCUGAAAAUAGAAUACCGUAUACGGAAGGUGCUGCCUAUGAAUAUGAACUUACACGAGAGUACAAUUGGAAUGUUAAAAACAAAACUAUGGCCAAUUAUGAAGAAAAUUAUUUCUUUUGUUUUCGUAAAGAUGGGGUUUAUUAUAAUGAACUAGAGACCAGAGUUCGUCUUAGUAAACGACGUAAACUAAACCAAUCUGGUACUAAUCUUGGUGCUCUGCAAGCCCCUAAAACUCGUUUGAUUGUUCAUCAUCGCGAUUUCACAGAUGAAGAAUUAAAAGCUCAAACUGACCGAUUGUAUAUGCUUGAACAUGAUAUUGAAGGGGACGAAGAAGAAGAAGAAGGUGAUGAGGAAGAAGAAAAUGCAGAUGGUGAUGAAAAUGGUGCUGAUGAAGAAGCAAUGAACGAUAAGAAAGAAACCAAUCGCAAAACUAAUUAUAAUGGUACUGACGAUGAAGAGGCAGAGGAUGGGAUAAGUGAUGGUCAAAAUACUGAGCCUGAAGAGGAAGAAGCAGAAGAAGAAGAAGCCGAAGUCGAGGAUGAAGAUGAGGAGGUAGAUGAAACACAUAAAAAUGAUUCUAAGAAACGUUUUCAAUCUAAUAAUACCUAUAAUCGUCCUAAAACAUAUCAUCAUUCAGAUGAAGAAAGUGACUUAAGUGACCUGAGUGAUUGAUUAUCUUAUAGGUAGGACGUUAUAGUGUAUGUUUGUUUCUCGUAUUGUCCCAGUUUAUUUUAUGAUGAUUUGCAAAAUCUUUUUUGGUAGUCUGUAAAUAAAUUAAAAUCCUUUGUUCCAUCUCAUUAUAUUGUCUGUACUGUUUAUUGUUCGACUGAUUUGCUCGUAUAAUCUCUCAAUAAUUUUCUGUAUAUUUACGGAUUGUAUUUCAGAAAAAGGUUAAUAUUAAAUUUCAAGUAAACAGUAGUUCGUGUGAA